AUGGCAAAAGUCAUUUUACUAAUUGGACUCGGUUUGGCCAUAUGGAGUGCGUGGGAUGUAUAUAAUACAGUGCGCGAAUCUCAAAAGAAAAGAAAUCCACCUAUCAAAAUAAAAUCAAAGAAAACAAAUGAAAAUAUAGACAAGACAGUUUGUAUUUCAAGAAGUAAUUCCAUCAAUCAUCUACCAAUGUCAAGGUGCAUAUCGUCAUAUGAGUGUAUAAAAGAAAUAGGGAGAGGACAUUACGGUAAAGCUCUUUUAGUUAGGGAUAAAAUUUCUAAUAAAGAAUUCGUAUUAAAGGAGAUUCCAUUAGAAAUCUAUGAGAAUCAUGAUUUAUUGAAAAAUGAACAUUUAAUACACAGUGGUUUAAAUAACAAAUUUAUUGUUAAAUAUUAUGGAUUCAUGAUGACUGAAGAUUAUAUCUAUAUUGUACUUGAAUAUGCUCCAGGAGGCGAUAUGUUGGAUCAUGUCUUGAAUCAUGGAGCAUUUGAUGAAGUUUCUACUGCAAAGAUCAUUUCACAAUUAGUAUGCGGAAUAAACCAUAUGCAUCAACGAAAUAUUGUUCAUAGAGAUAUAAAACCAGAGAAUCUUUUGCUUUUUGAUGAUGGCCUUGUUAAAAUUUGCGAUUUCGGCCUUUGUGGAAUAUUAUCGAAGGAUAACAAAAAAUUAAAAGGGGUAGGAGUCGGUACACUUGUCUAUAGAUCUCCGGAACUUGUAUUAAGCUUACCACAUAAUGAAAAGACCGAUAUAUGGAGCAUAGGAGUAUUGGCAUAUAUACUACUUACAAACGAGUCACCUUUUGAGGAUGAUGAAGAAUUUGAAAUUACUAACAGAAUCCUUAAGGCCGAUUAUACUUUACUCGAUGAUAAUUUUUCCGCUGAAGCAAGACAUUUUAUUUAUUCG